GCUGUUCAUGUGAAUUGGAAAAGACUUAUUUUUUUCGUAGCGAAUUUUACGGGAAACAGUUAAGCUUCAAAAGUGUUUUCUUUUUCGGUUUCAUUUUGCUUCGUUAAUAAAUAUCUUCUGUUUGUGGCCACGAUGUCUUCACAACAACGACAAACAUAUUGACCACAGAUAUAUGUAGAAGAAAAAUAUCGGAAUUUAAAAAUAGAUAAAAAGGCGGAAAAAUAAAAAGUAAAGCCUGUGUUAGUGCUAAAGACGUAAAAGCAAGAAAUUUUUAAGAGGAAGUGCUUUGAAUAGAAAACUGAAGACAAUCAAAUUGGAAAGCAGAAGAAGCAAAGAGUGUUAUUGUGACAAAUAAGUAAAUAGAGUUGAUUGAAAACAUUAAAUCUAUCAAAAGAACUCAGUGAGAGGGCGUUGCUUGAAUGGCUGCUUCAAUUAAUGUCAAAUACUCUCAAAUUGAUGUGAAAAAUGGCUAACAAUUUAUCUCGGGCUCAUCUGGCGUCAUCAUUUUCGAUUUUGGGAUAUUUCACUGAGACUGUCGUAAGAGACGCAACAAAUAAAAAAUAUAUGAAUAACUAUCAUCCAAAAAUAGUGAUUAGGGGAAAUAAUUUGACAUCAACAUUCAUCGAUUGUAAGCAAACGAAAUGAAUGAAACGCAAUGCACUCACUUGAUAGAAUCCGUUGAGUGGACGGAACCAAAAAAUAUCAUUUCGUUAGCCAUCUUAGGAUUCAUUAAUAUCCUCGUCAUUGUUGGAAAUUGUUUAGUUAUUGCUGCCGUAUUCUGUUCACAUAAGCUUAGGAGUGUAACCAAUUUCUUUAUAGUUAGUUUAGCUGUUGCCGAUCUUUUGGUCGGAUUGGCUGUGCUUCCAUUCUCAGCAACAUGGGAAGUCUUCAAGGUGUGGAUUUUCGGAGAUGUUUGGUGCAAAGUUUGGUUGGCUGUUGAUGUUUUGCUUUGCACUGCAUCGAUUCUGAAUUUGUGUGCAAUAUCGUUAGAUCGAUAUGUGGCGGUAACUCGUCCUGUGACGUAUCCAAGCAUUAUGUCAACACGACGUGCAAAAUCUCUCAUAGCUGGAUUGUGGGUGCUUUCAUUUGUUAUCUGCUUUCCACCACUCAUUGGAUGGAGAGAUAAUGACGACGAAGAUGAAAACACAGCGGCUACGACAACAGAUGGUGUCAUUUAUCAUCAAGAAAAUCAUACAUUAAUAUCUGUAACAACGCCUCCAUCGACCUAUGUUAAGUGUCCGUGGACUUGCGAGCUUACUAAUGACGCUGGAUAUGUUGUUUAUAGUGCUCUUGGGAGCUUUUAUAUCCCAAUGCUCGUAAUGCUUUUCUUCUAUUGGCGAAUUUACCGCGCGGCAAUCCGGACAACUCGCGCCAUAAAUCAAGGAUUUAGAACGACAAAAGGAAAAGGUGGAAAAAACAAUCCCGUUGACGAAGAGAACGUUACAUUACGUAUUCAUCGAGGCAAUAAGAAUCAACGAUCUGAUUUUCCUUUAUCAAAUUCAACGACACAUCUUGAUAGCCUAAGGAAAAAUCAGACGAGUGUCACAUCGAUGCCUUCGUUCGAGCGAAAGAAGCGACACAGUUCAAAGUCGAAAGAUAAAGUUACAAUCUCAAUCUCAUAUCCGUCGAAUGAUCACAUCACCAGUCCUACAAUGUCAACAACGUCUUCCAAUCAAGCCUCUAUGAUAUCGUCAUCAUGCUCUAAGGAACCAAUCGCGCUUAGACAUAGCAAUUCAAAUGAGUGCCAUAACCCUUUCAAGGACAUAAACUCAAAAACCGAAAACACGCCGAAUAUUUUCCAUAAGAAGGCCGGAAAGCGCACAUCAAGUGGCAUAAAGGUUCAAGUCAGAAAGUUCCGAAUGGAAACAAAAGCAGCCAAAACGUUGGCUAUUAUUGUAGCAACAUUAAUUAUAAGCUUGACCUUGUUAAACAUCCAUGAAAUUCAAAAUAAAUGCAAAUCCAUGACUCCCUCACAAAUAGGCUCAAAAGGAAUUGGUAAUCGAUUUGAGGAGCAACGCUUGACAUUAAGAAUUCACCGCGGUCGCGGAUCAAAUUAUCACGAGUCACCGCAUAGUAAUGGAAGUACACAUAGCACCACCACCAGCCUGGGAAGCGCCUCACCUGAGCGCCUUUCACGCUUCACAACUCGCAAACAUGAGAAAGUCAAAAUUUCCGUUUCAUAUCCAUCAUCAGAAAAUAUUUCCACUUCAACAAACAAUCAGCCGUCUAAUCAACUGUACGCUGUUCAUUACACAGUGAAUGGUAAAGACACUCAGGCAUCACAUUUAUUUCGUGGUAAUUCAACAGCAAGUAGAAGAAGUAGUCAUGCAUCCAACAUUAUCAAUAGUAACAAUAAUAAUAAUAAUAAUAACAAAGAUUUUCUGAGUGUAAACGAUAAGGCAGCAUCGCCAAGAGCUAGUAAGAAGAUGGGAAAACGAAACAUAAAAGCUCAAGUUAAGAAGUUUCGGAUGGAAACGAAAGCUGCAAAAACAUUGGCAAUUAUUGUUGGUCUUUUCAUACUCUGUUGGUUGCCUUUUUUCACUUUAUAUUUAAUUCGACCAUUUUGCGAAGACUGCAUCAAUCAAAUAUUGUUCUCAGUGGUUUUUUGGAUUGGUUAUUGCAAUAGUGCCAUCAAUCCAAUGAUCUACGCACUUUUCUCAAAAGACUUCCGAUUCGCUUUCAAACGAAUUAUUUGCAAAUGCUUUUGUUCGGGCCCUGGUUUCAACAAGCCUUCAAGUCGACGUGGAUCCGAUAUGUCUGCUUUUAGACAUCACAGUAAUGGUCAAAGAACUCCCAGCAUUUCUCCCAGUCAACUUGCACAUUCCAUUGGAGAUGACAGUGAUCCACUCCCUGACGACGCAAACAGAUGACGAUCAUAUGCUCCCAGCUUAAGCUCAAGCUAUGCCAGCUCUAGUCCUGGGGGUCGUCUCAGUAUGAAUAUUAAUUCGAGUAGCGUAAAUAAUUCUAAUAUGGUUACUUCAAAUAACAACGGACAUGGUGGUAACAACAACAAUGGUACGGGUAAUGCAAAUUUGAAUGUAAAUAUUCCGGAUAGUAAAAGCGUUCUUGGUGGGCUGACGUCUAACGGAAAUAAUGGAUCUGGAAAUAGUUCGAAUAAUGUAAACAGCAGUAAUGUACGUGCAGCAUCUAUUUACGAUAUUUGCCAUCCACUAGUCAUGUAAACGUAGGCAAGAAUAAAAAUUAUUCAAUUCAUUGUUUGUGAUUGAUUUUACAAUCGAUGAAGCAGACGAAUGAAAACUUUAC